AUCUAAAAAUGCUUAAAAUACUACUAAGAUGGCCCUUUUAUCAUUUUUUUUUAUCAAAUCUACCUGGGCAUUGGUUAAUUUGGACUCCCGAUUCCGAGUCAAAGCUGUCAAACUGGCAAAUCAAAAUGAGUGUGAAAAUGUAAGUUUUUAAACUUUUUUCACACAAACAGUAAGAAUAUUGUAAAGUUGUGUGUUUUAUAUAUUUCUAUAAUACUAUUAAGGCUAUUUACAAGUCAUAAUGGAUGCAGGGGAAAAAGAUAACAAUGCGCGCGGUUGUUUGAUGCUAAAUAAUCGAAUUUAUCCAGUAUUUGAGGGGCUUAACACCAUUGGGAGGAACCCGGAGGCCGUUAUCAACAUAAAAAACCCGAAUGUUAGUAAACAACAUGGUAUCAUUACCGUAAUCGAUGCAAACACACAUUACAUCAGCGAUUUGAAAUCAGUAAAUGGUACGUUUUUGGACAAUACGAAAUUAGGUCAUUUGAAAUUGUAUCCUUUAAAAAAUGGUGCCUCAAUCAAGUUCGGGGAUGUUUUUUGCACAUAUAAGAAGCUCGAGGCUGGAAAGCACAUCACAAAUAAUCAUGACGAGUCACAGGAUUUUAGUGAACAUUUUUAUGUUGCAAAUACUCAGGCAGUGGAGGAGCCAAGCCUCCCAGAAGGAAUUAAUUUUAACGAAAUGCCGACUCAAAUUUUUGAACCGAGGACAAUCAGUAUUAACGAUAUGCCUACCCAGGUUCAUAAUUUUGACGAUGUCGGUGAAGACAGUAAUGAUUCUAUUGAUUUUAUGACAAUGCAAAAAUCAACAGAAUCACAAAAUCAGGGUAAAUUGAAUUCUGAUCACUCAGACGAUGAAUCGACUAUACGUCCAGUUGUGGAGGGAAUUCCUAAUACAAUUGCAUCUGGUUCAGAACCGUCUUCACAGGUUCACUCGGUAGAGUCAGAUGAAUCGACUGUACCUCGAGUCAAGAAGGGGGCUCGCAUUGCAAUUGAAUCUGAUUCAGAUACGGAAGAAUAUAAACCAAAUCUAAGUGCAUCAAAAUAUGUUAUAAGCGAUGAUUCUGAAACUGAGAUUGAAGAUAAUGUGGAGAAUAUAAAUCCGAAUUUAAAGGAUAACUCUGCUAUGGACGAUUUAGCCUCGUCGGUUAAUGAAUCUGUGCAAGAAAAUGUGAAGGUAAAUGAAGAAUCAAGGCUUGAGGGUUCAUCAGAGAACAAGGAAGAUGAUGGGAACGUUUUGGACCAAGGAACUACUGGGCAUCAAAUGAAUGAUUUUGGGGCUUUCCAAAAUGAUUUGGACGAUCCAGAGGAUUUCCCCUUAGUUGAAAAAGAAAAUUCUUCUAACGUAACAAACAAUGAAGAAGUGGCUCCAGUAAUUGAAGAAGAAGCAGGAGAGGAAUCUAAGAAGGAACGAGAUUCAUUUGAAAUAAUGAAGAAGAAUGAAGAAAUGGCUGAUUUACCACUAGAUAAGGGCAGUUAUGCUUUUACUAAAGAUAAAGAUAGUGAAGCUACAGUGAGCGAUCUUGGUGAAGAACUAGAAGAUCCUAACUCAAAGCUACGUCCAGACGAAGAAGAGAGUAUUCAGAAUCAACAAAAGAGUCAGGAGGUUGCAAACGAGCCAAUUCAACAAAAUAAUUUUAAUUUUGAUGAAGAAAAGAAUCAAGAGACUGAAGAUUUGUAUAUCCAGUCUACUCAACAAAUAGAAGUAAAUACAGUGUCUGAUCAAGUAGUGUCCAAUAUUGUGAAAGAUGACGAAAUAUUUCUUCAAGCCACUCAGACGUUGGAAUUGUUAGAUGAAACAGUUGAGAAUGCAAACAGUGAUUUAGAAUCAUCUACAAUUUGCAAAAGUGCAGAAGUGUCUGUCAAAUCUUUGGAAUCUUCCGCUCACGAUAACAAAGAUAUAGAUUCGCUUGAGCGGCCUUCAACUUCUAAAAACUUAGAAGAGGAUAUUAUGCUUCCGCCUACUCAAGCGUUGGAGUCGCUACAUGGGGGUGAAACUUCUGAACCACCUAAGGACGUUUUUGCGAUUCCGAGCGCCUUAUCUGUGAAACAAAAGGAUGAUGAUCUGUUUUUACCACCUACUCAAGCUUUGGAGAGUAUGCUUAGUGAGGGCUUAUCGCCAAAGAAACAAGCUUCAAAAACAUCAGUAGUGGACGAUGACGAUAGCUUCGUUAUACAACCGACGCAAGCUCUUGAAGAUUUACAUAGAGACACUGAUAAUGCACAUUUCAAUAAAGUUGAAGAUCAGUUGGCGGAAAUAUUUGCCAGUCAAAGUAUGAUGGCAACUCAACAGCUGGUUAGUGUUUUGGAAACAUCACAUGAUGAGGUUAUUGAUGAUAGUAUCUGUGAGGAACCGAUGAAGUUGUCUAGACGGAGUACGUUUAGUAUGAGUUUUCAACGGCCGAAGCCUCUUAGUGACGAAGCAGUCAAAGAAAUUUUGGGAGAAGGAAUGGAAAAGAAAACACAAGAUUUACAAAUUGUGAAUAAAGGGAAAGAGAAUGUUAAAACUUAUACGAGAAGUAAGUCUUCGAUCGGAGAACAAACAGAAGAAAAGAAAGUGGAAGAAAUCAAAUCUUCUGUCUUAGAAGGAUGUCAAAGCAAAGAGGAUAACAGUGUGGAAAUUCGAAAAAGAGGAAGAAGAAAACAGGAUUUGUCAACAAAAGUUGAUGAAGCAGAGGAACAUAAAAACAAAUGUAAUGAGGAUUCUAUUGCGAUCAAAAGAGGAAGAAGAAACCAAGUUUCGAAUACUCCAGAUUUUGAUGAGAAUAAUGAAAAGGUUUCGAAUAAAGAAGCAGGUACUUCUCUAGAUAACACUGAUGUGAAAGCUAGAAUUAAAGAUGCAAAGAACGCAAAAGAAGACGAUGAAAGUAAAAAUAUAUUAAGGCAAAAUAAUAGCGUUUCUAAUAAAGCGAAUGACGAUGUUGUCAAAGAAAAUAAAAGACGGGGUAGGUCUAAAAAAACAGAAGAUUCAAAUAGUGAGGAAGCUAAAAGUGUCGACAACGACGAUAUUGUAGGAAAUACUCCUAAGAUUCGAAAAGGAAAAGUUGCAACUUUUAAACAAACAGAUCAAAGUAGUGAAUCUCAAGGUAGUAAUAGUGAUGAACAAAAAAUUGCAACAAGAAAGAGGAAAACUGAAGAAGCCUUUACAGAAACACCCAAUAAUAUGAAAAAGAAAGUAACCACCAACAGUAAGGAAAGUAGUGAUUUAUUUCUUAAUAAUGAAAUUCAACCCGCAACAAGUACUCCAAGAAAACGAGUUCGUAGAGGAACGCAUGACUCAGAAGACGCUUUUGAACCCAAAAUUCCGAAAUGUGAAGAAUCUGCUAUAAAGAAGCCAGCAGGAGCAUCAAGAAUGACAAGGAAAAUAAAGGCACAACUGGAUGAUGAUGUUACUAGUAAUUCUUCGGCUUCUAAUAGUCAAGAGCAAGCAGUUAAAGAUGAUGAUGUAGUGAGUAAUGCGUCGACUAAUAGUCAAGAACAAACAGUUGUUGAUAACAAAAAACGUAAAACUGAAGAACGUGUUACGAAGGAAAAAGCAGUACCUUCGAGAAUGAGUACUAGAAGAGGUAAAGUUGAUAAAGAUGAUGAUGUAGUGAGUAAUUCGUCGACUAAUAGUCAAGAACAAACAGUUGUUGAUAACAAAAAACGUAAAACUGAAGAACGUGUUAUGAAGGAAAAAGCAGUACCUUCGAGAAUGAGUACUAGAAGAGGUAAAGUUGAAAAAGAGGAUGAUGCAGUGAGUAAUUCGUCGGCUAAUAGUCAAGAACAAACACUUGUUGAUAACAAAGAACGUAAAACUGAAGAACGUGUUACGAAGGAAAAAGCAGUACCUUCAAGGAUGAGUACUAGAAGAGGCAAAGUUGAAAAAGAGGAUGAUGUCGUCAGUAUCUCAUCGUCGUCAAGUAAUCAGGAACAAGCUGUUACAAGAAAAACCCCAGGACCCUCAAAAAUGACUACUAGGAGAUUAAAAGCAGCAGAAAAAGAGGACGACGUAGUGAGUGUCUCGUCAAAUUCAAGCAGUCAAGAUCAAACGGUUCAAGAGCCAACAAAGAGAGGGCGACGUUUAAGUGCAAAUAGUAGACGAUUGAAGAGAGAGGAAGAAGAAAAGAAUAAAACUUUAAUUAAACAAAACUCGUUCGAAACAUCUACGCCCACAACACCAGGGGGAAGCCCUCUAAGAUCCAAAAGGCAGUUAAAGCCUAAAGUAGUGUUUACAAUGAUGGACAAUCCAGAGUUGGAAACCUUGAUUCGUCGACUGGGUGGUAGUGUUGUGGAAACAGUUGACGCUUGCACCGUGCUGGUCACAGAAACCGUCAAACGUUCACAAAAAUUGCUUUGCGCUGUUGCUCAGAGCAAACCGAUUUGUUCACCACAGUGGUUGUAUGCAUGCAGGAAAGCAUCUGCAUUUGUCGACCCUUGGGAUUAUAUUCUUCAAGAUAAAGAAGCCGAGCAAAAAUGGAAAUUCUCAUUACGCGAGUCGUUAAAACGCAGUAGCAAAAAGAAAUUAUUAGAGAACCACUCAUUCCAACUCAUCGUGAAUAAUGCUGCAGAUGUCUUAAAGGACGCCAUUGAGGCAUGUGGGGGCAAGUGUUUGAGAAGUUUAGUUAAAGCCGAUUCUGAUAAUUUAUUUGUUGUUUCAUCUGAGGACAAUAAGGGGAAAUAUAAUAAGAUUGUGAAACAGAAUCCGAGGAUUAAAGUUGUUUCGGCCGAAGCUAUUUUUGAUGGCACCCUGCGGCAGGAAUUUAAUUUUAAAGAUCAUUUAUUGAUUUAAUGUGUAUUUUAUUUGGAAAUAAAUCAUUUACAAAGAAAA